CAUACAUAAGUAGCGUAAGUUUACAUUCAAAUGAUCUGGUAAUUUUCAGCCAACUGUCCGUUUUUUGGCAAAAAAGUAGUAAUCUAGACAUUUCUGUGUUCAUACAAAAAAAAAAAAAAAAAUCCCCUUUUACGUGUUUUAUUUUAACAUUUAAAUUGUAACAUUUCAAUCUAAAAACGACGUCGGCAAGAUAGCCGGCAAGACGGGCCUACAUGCUGAGGCAAUAGUAACAUCAGAAUUCAACCUCAAAUUUUGCUUUUGUUGAGUAAAAUUAAGAUAAUUCUGCAUGCUUUCCUCCGGUAUUAAGUUUGUGAUGUGAAAAUUUAGUUAUUUAUUAGCUGUUGAAAGCUUGCCUUAAAUUUAAAAAAAAAGUGAAGUUGAUAAACUUAUAUGAUGUGUUAAGCAUUGCUAUUGAUCCUGAAAAUAUAGGUGGUUAUCUUAUUUCUGCAUUUGGUGAAUUUUGUGCAUCUAGCGUAAAAUUUGAGAAUUUUAUAGCCAUUUUAACUUACUGGUAAGUUCUUGUAUAGAAAACGAAUUAAUUUGGAUUUCAUUAGGGAACGACUUUGAUUUUUUUGAUGCCGCUGCUCAUGUAGACUCAUAUAUGCCUAAGGGAGGUGCCUGUUUUGGUUUUAGGUCGCUAGUGGGUUUGGUUUUGAAAAUAUUUGAAUUUUAAGUUUUUGACAGUAGGCCCCCUACGGAUCGGCUCCGUGUCCCGUCAACUGAUAGUGAAGUCUAUGGAUUACUGUUGCGAUGUCUCAUUGGUGAAACUGGUGCCACUAUAGACCCUACCCACGUGACGUCACAACUCCCCUCUCCUGAAUGGCGUGUGUGGCUGUUGGUUGCACUAACAGAGAAGAUGGAAGGAGAGACUUGAAGUUUUACUGUAUUCCGAGGGAUCCAAAGAGGAGAGCGAAAUGGACGGCUGCAAUUCGACGUGAAAACUGGACACCAAAAAAUCACCACAGACUAUGUAGUAGUCAUUUUAUAUCCGGUACCUCUCCAGUGCCGAGUCCAUGGAGGCCACAGAUGUGCGGGACGCAGGCCUCAAUUACGGUGUAGUGGUGGACUGCGGCAGCAGCGGUUCUCGUGUUUUUGUGUACUACUGGCCCCCCCACAACGGAAACCCACACACGCUACUCGACAUUCGGCAGAUGAGAGACUUCGACCGGCAGCCUGUCGUCAAGAAGAUUAAACCGGGUAUCUCCACGCUAGCGAUGUCUCCCAAGAGCGCCAGUGAUUAUUUGCAUCCUUUGCUUAGCUUCGCUGCCUCUCACGUGCCACAGAAGAAACACAAGGAGACGCCACUUUAUAUUCUCUGUACCGCUGGCAUGAGGCUGCUGCCGGACAGCCAGCAAGCGGCCAUUUUGGAUGACCUGGUGAGCGACAUUCCGCUGGACUUUGACUUCCUGUUUUCCCGCUCUCACGCUGAGGUCAUCUCCGGAAAGCAGGAAGGUGUUUAUGCGUGGAUCGGCAUCAACUUCGUUUUAGGCCGCUUCGACCAUGCUGACGAAGAUGAUGCCACAGUGGAGGUGACCACCAGCUCGCAGCACCAGCGACCAAUCAGCCGCCGCCGCACAGUGGGCAUCUUGGACAUGGGCGGAGCUUCACUGCAGAUCGCCUACGAGGUUCCUGGGCCAAUCACCUUCAGCUCGCCGCAACAGGAGGAAGCGGCCAAGAGCGUCCUGGCCGAGUUCAACCUGGGCUGCGAUGUGGAGCAUACGCAGCACGUGUACCGCGUCUACGUGACCACCUUCCUUGGAUUCGGCGGCAACAUGGCCCGACAGCGCUACGACGACCGCCUCGUCAACAGCACCAUUUCCGACAAAUCCCAGAGCGCUGGGAUGGGCUCGAGUGAGGAUAAACUCUACUUGGACCCUUGUCUGCCCCUCGCUCUGUCACAGACGGUGGUUAGAGACAACCGCACCUUGUAUUUGAGAGGCCAGGGAGACUGGGGCCGCUGCCUGGAGGCCGUCCACCCCUUCCUGGGCCUUCACAAUGACACCAUGACGGCGGCGGGCGGUGUGUACCAGGCGCCCAUCAACUUCAGUAACAGCGAGUUCUACGGCUUUUCCGAGUUUUAUUACUGCAUGGAGGACGUGCUGCGAAUCGGCGGACAGUACGACAGUGACAAAUACUCAAAGGCUGCCAAGGACUUUUGCGCUACCAAGUGGUCGACAUUGAAGCAGCGCCUGGACAAGAAGCUUUUCUCCCAGCAAGCUGACAUCGACAGACUCAAAUAUCAGUGCUUCAAGUCAGCAUGGAUGUUUGAGGUUCUGCACGCCGGAUUCCACUUCCCCAGGGACUACCGGUCUCUUCAAACGGCGCAGCUGGUCUACGACAAGGAAGUGCAGUGGACGCUGGGAGCCAUUUUGUUCAAGACGCGUUUCCUGCCACUCAGGGACCUCCAGCAGGAGACGCUCCGCCAGAACCAUCCAAGCUGGUUGCGCUCAUCCUUCGUGUACAACCACCACCUGUUCUCCCUCUGCCUGUUGGUGGUAGUUUUAGCCAUUUUGCUCUACAUCCUACGCCUGAGACGCAUCCACCAGCGAGAAAAGCGGCAAGCAGACACGCUGGCCAUGCUUUGGGCCGAGGAAGGAGAGGCGCUUCUACCUUGAAGGAUUUUCCGAUUAGAAUCUCGAUGUCUUGACGGAGAAGCGGAGGAUUUUGCUGCAUUCCCGCACUCGGUGACGUCAUCGUCCUGACCUACUUGAAUGAUUCCAUUGUCGACACUGUCACGGAGAUGUCCCAGGAACUUGAUAAGGAGACAGGAAGACUCAGGAAUGUCUUAGAAAUUAAUACCACAGGGGUGGGCAAACUGCAGCAUAGUCGACUUAAUGGUCCUUUAGUUAUUUUUUAAGGGUGUAACGAUACAUUGAUCUGGAUAGAUAUAUCGAUUGGUUAAACAACAAUCUAAUCAAAAUUAGGGGUAGGAAUUAGGGUUGUUCCAAUCAUGUUUUUUUGCUCCCGAUCCGAUCCCGAUCAUUUAAGUUUGAGUAUCUGCUUAUCCCGAUAUUUCCCGAUCCGAUUGCUUUUUUUUGCUCCCGAUUCAAUUCCAAUCAUUCCCGAUAAUUUUUCCCGAUCAUAUACAUUUUGGCAAUGCAUUAAGAAAAAAAUGAAUAAAACUCGGACGAAUAUAUACAUUCAACAUACAGUACAUAAGUACUAUAUUUGUUUAUUAUGACAAUAAAUCCUCAAGAUGGCAUUUACAUUAUUAUAAAUAUAUAUAUAUAUAUAUAUAUUUACAUUCUUUCAGUGAGAGGGAUCCACGGAUAGAAAGACUUGUGACCUUGUAUAUUGUGACUAAAUAUUGCCAUCUAGUGUAUUUGUUGAGCUUUCAGUAAAUGAUACUGCAGCCAUUCAACCCAAAUGCAUGAUGGGAAGUGGAACCAUGACUGUGCGUCGUGCUACCAAUUGGUAUAUCUUCUCUGUGUUGGGAAAUAACAUAAGGUGUUAAGAAAACGAUCAAUUGUUACCUUGCUUCCCCACAUAUUUUCUAAUCAUAGGCAGAGGGAUAGUAAGGCUUUAGCCAAUUAAAAAAAGGCUCCAAAGGCUGCCAAAAUUCACUCUACUCAUUUUACGCUGCCUUUUAUCUCUCUAUAUAGGUAAAAUGGCGCCAUUACAGUUUGAGCGCGACAGUGCGUGAGUGGGUCGUGCAGUGCAUGCAUUAAUUGCGUUAAGUAUUUUAACGUGAUACAUUUAAAAAAAAAAAAAAUUACUGCCGUUAUCGGGAUAAAUUUGAUAACCUUACCUUAAGCCUAAAGACUCUGGAUGAGUAUUAUGUCUGUAACGUUAAAUACAAUUAGAAAACGAUUUAAUUUAAAAAAAAAAAAAAAAUAUAUAUAUAUAUAUAUAUAUAUAUAUAUAUGUUAAAAAAAGGCAUGCCCGAUAUUUUUUUGCCGAUUCCGAUACUUUGAAAAUGACGUGAUUGGACCCGAUCGAUCGGACAUCUCUAGUAGGAACCUCUGAGUACCUCAGGAUAGGAUACGAUUUGCGAUAUAAAGCUCACGAUAACGAUUAUCUCACAAUUUGGUGAUACAGCAAAUAUCGAUACAUGGGAUAGGAUUUUAAAUCAAUGCCAAUAUUUUAUGUGUUUCUAAUAUAUUUUAGUAAAAGAACAAUUGUGGCUUAUUAGAGCCUAUAAGUCUUUAAAGACCAAAUGUGAAGUAAUUUCAUAAAAUGCCAAAUAGGGUCACAAUUAAAGUAAUUAAACAUUGUCCAACAAAUAAAGCAUGAAAAAAUCAUUUAUAUGUUGUAUAUUUGACAAAAUAAUCGCGUUUCCGAAGUUCGUGCCUGAAAGGGGACGAACCCGGAAGUGAUACGUCACACUGAGAACAGCGAUGGCAGCGAUCCUUACGGCACCCAAAGCCCUUCAAACAAUGCUUCAAACAGCGAUAUAAGUGAUCGGAGACCCAAGUUUUUGAAGAGUUGGAGGAAGAGGAGGAGGUUGGAAUUUUAUGUUGGACCGUACAUGUAUUAACCAGACGCUAAUCAGGAUGCAAACAAUGUGCCCAGACUACCUGACAUGGAAUGGAGACAAGACCCAUCGAGAUUACAAGAUUGGUAAGCUAUAGGCUGUUAUUAUUUUCAUGAUUUGAAGAUGCAGGCAUUUGCACAUAAUUUUAUGUUUUUGUCUAUCGGAUGACAUUGUUAAAAAAAAUGGACUUCAUGUUCAUUUUGGCAGAUCCGGCAGCUUUCGUGCAUAUAAAAUAAUAAUAUAAAAACGUUGGGGAGAAAGAAGGAGAUGAGUCGUUGAUGGCUUUCUCCACUUUAUUGUGGCAACAAUAAGAAAACAAAAUAAUAGGGGACUGCCGCCACAUUCGACCGCGACGUUUUGCUUCUCGCUCAUCUCCCCCUCGCCUCCUACUACUCACAGCUCUCCAGUCCCAGCAACUCUUAAACGGACUUUGCAUAGUGUCUUGUUAUGAGCUUUUUGUUGACAAAGGUAUCGAACACACGACGUGUUGACGACUUUGUUUCUUUAUUAACACAUGGAGCUAACAGAAUAAGCGAUAGAUAGAGCCUGUGUCUAUCACACUCCCGCGUCACGUGACCAAAACAAGAGUAACGUUGCGUGCACUUCAGGGUACCUCGAAAAACAUUAUAACAGAAUAUUACACGCAGUUACGACAUUAUAGUAUAAAAUAAAAUAAUAAUGGUGCACUGAGAAGCUGGACCAAAAAUCACACUCCUGACAUUUAAAAAAAAAAAAAAAAAACUUUGCGGCAUCUUGGGAGCAAGCAGCCAGAAUCAAACGGUAUUUCAACAUGCUAAAAAGACUGUUGCAUUUACUGUCUUUUUCAAAAAGAAGGGAAAUGGUUCAAAACGAGUCAGAAAAGCACAAAGAAAAGAGAGGAAAAAAAGGAAAGUCCCACAGCAUGGCAAGUGGGCAUUUGCGUUUUGUUUUCAGCACCAUUUUCUGCAUAAUGUAACGUCCGUAACUGUGUGAGGGCCCGUGAAGGGGCCAUCAGACAGCAGAGUGGUGACGUAGCGGGAAGUGAGGAGAAGAGUGUGGCGUGAGAGCGAAGUUGGCGGUCGCAUGUUGCAGUAGUCCGCUGUUAUUUUUGUUAUUUGUUAUUUAACUGUUGCCACAAUAAAGUGAAGGAAGCCAUCAUUCACUCCUCUCCUUUCUAUUUCCCUAUUCGGGCUAUUACAAUAUGUUCCGGGACCUGUCCAUGUGCCGUCAUCCCUGCGCUGUCAUAUGUACUUUGCGUUCCGGCACCUUAUGAUUUAUAAAUUAAGCACUGUUCCACAACAGUUGGCAGCUCUGCUUUGACAAAGUCAUCAGUCAACUAUCCAAAAAUCACUUUUUUGCAAAUCCUUGAUCAUAAGCAGACCGGUUGAGGAAACAGGUACAGUGCCUUGCAAAAGUAUUCGGCCCCCUUGAACCUUGCAACCUUUCGCCACAUUUCAGGCUUCAAACAUAAAGAUAUCAAAUUUGA